AUGCUUGACACUGUCUCAUCUCCCUCCUGGGAGGGAGGCGGCUCCGGCCCCACGUGGCGCCGGAGGGUCCCGGGUGGGACAGUGGUCUGCGUGCUCCACAGCGCGACGGCCGCUGUGAUCCUGGCAGCCCCGAAGCUGAGCCUGGAGUGCAGAGCCGACGUCGUCUUCCCGCUGGCCGGCUCGGCGGCUGCCACCCCGGAGGGCUUCCUGUGGACCAAGGCCUCCGUGAAGCGGUUCGUGCCGGGGGCGCUGAGCGAGGGCUCCCGGGCAUGCAUGGGUGUGGCCGUGCCCGUAGGCGAGUACCGGGACGCGGACCUGGUCAGGAGCCUCGACGACCUGCCCUUCGCUGGCGGCGCCAUCCUGACAGGCCACGCCCCGCAGCAGGCGGCGGAGCGCGGCUUCGGGAGCGCCGCCGGAACGGGCCUGGACCGGCCCCGUAGGGCCGUGGUCCUGAUGACCGAGGCGCGCUCUCAGGACCAGGUGGCCGGCCCGGCGACUUUCGCCAGGGCCUGGGAGCUGCUCCUGCUGGGCGUGGGCAGCGAGGCCGUGCGGGCAGACCUGGAGGAGGUCACUGGUAGCCCAGCGCACGUCAUGAUCGACGCCGGCCCGGAGGACCUGUGCCGCCACAUCCCGAAGCUGCGGGGAAAGCUGUGCAGCCAGCAGCGCCCAGGCUGCCAGGCCCAGUCGCUGGACCUGGUCUUCACGUUGGAUGCCUCGACCUCUGUGGGGCCCGAGGACUUUGCCCAGAUGCAGAGCUUCGUGAGAAGCUGUGCCCUCCGGUUUGACGUGAACCCUGACGUGACACAGAUUGGCCUGGUGGUGUAUGGCGGCCAGGUCCAGACAGCCUUUGGGAGGGACCCCCACCUCACCAGCGCUGCAGCGCUGCGGGCCAGGAGCCAGGCCCCCUACCUGGGUGGGGUGGGCUCGGCAGGCACGGCCUUGCUGCACAUCUAUGACAAGGUGAUGACGGUCCAGAGGGGCACCCGGCCUGGUGUCCCCAAGGCUGCGGUGGUGGUCACGGGUGGGAGGGCAGAGGACGUGGCUGUCCCUGCCCAGGAGCUGAGGGACGACGGCGUCUCUGUCUUGGUGAUGGGCGUGGGGCCUAUCCUGAGGGAGGCACUGCGGAGGCUCCCACGUCCCUGGGACUCCCUGAUCCACGUGGCAGCCUACGCAGACCUGAGGCACCACCAGGACACGCUCAUCGAGUGGAUAUGCAGAGGUGAGGGGGGCGAUCCACACCCUCAGGGCUGCCUCCAAGGGAGGACCUCAGCCCGAGCCUUCAUGUACAUCAUUACAGGGACAGCAAGUCCUCCCAACUGCCGGGCGCUUUACACAUGCCAGGCUUUAUGCUAAGUGCCACACUCACACGAAUGUCACUCACCUGACAUUUAAGGUGCAGCUAAUUUAACACAGGCACCUCUUCCCAAACUUGAGAACGUAUGCACCCCACUUAAAAAGAAGACGUAAUUAGGAUACCCAUAGGACCCCGGGUUGGCACUGACCUUGGUAGGAGCAGACACAGCCAGGACAGCCUGACUCCAAGCCUUCCUUUGCCAGUGACAUCCUUUCCACUUUUUAAAAAGCAUGUGGCCACGAUAAUAACAAUAAGCACUGCUGUGUGCACGGCCCGCCCUAGAGAGGGAGUCUCUGUACACGUGUAGGAAAGCUGGGUGGAAGUCGGGUCUUUGACUGGCCAUGCAGUAUGGGGCCCAACUAACCUGUAGCUCAAAGGCCCACGGAGCCACUAAGAUGUGUAAGACUCUGCUCUGGUGGCCUCGCCUCUGUACCGGGCUUCCUUACAGCGGGGUCUUCGGGGCCAGCCCAGGCUGGGUCUGCUGGCACGUGCUCCCUUGCAGAAGCCAAGCGGCCAGUUAACCUCUGCACACCCAGCCCGUGCAUGAGCGAGGGCACCUGCGUCCUGCACAACGGGAGCUACCGCUGCGGGUGCUGCGAUGGCCGGGAGGGCGCACACUGCGAGAGCCUGCCAUCAGAAGAGAAGAACGGGCAACACAAAGAACAGCACUGCCAAUUUUAAGAGAAGAAAGAGACCACCAGAAACAAAACUCGCCCCUCUUUUUCUUGGAUAAGGGCCUGGACAUCGAGCACAACUUAAGAAAACAG